UUUCAUUUAACAUUUUACAAUCACAGAAGAAAAUGGAGUUUUCUCAGAGUGACUUUGAUCGGUUACUGUUAUUCGAGCACGCGCGAAAAACCGCAGAAGUAAACUACGCAGAGAACCCUCUUGACGCUGAUAAUCUGACCAAAUGGGGGGGAGCAUUGAUCGAGUUGUCAGCUUUCCAAAAUCCUAGGGAUUCCAAGAAGAUGGUUGAUGAUGCCAUUUCAAAGUUAGAGGAGGCUUUACUAAUCAAUCCAACAAAGCAUGACACUCUUUGGUGCUUGGGAAAUGCCAACACGUCUUGUGCAUUUCUGACUCCUGAUAUCAGUGACGCAAAGGGUUAUUUUGACAAGGCAUUUGAGUAUUUUCAGAAAGCUGUGGACGAGGAUCCUGAGAAUGAUCUCUAUAGAAAGUCCUUGGAAGUUGCUGUUAAGGCUCCAGAACUACACAUGGAGAUCCACAAAAAUGGGCUUGGUCAGAUGAGUAUUGAUGGAUCCUCUGCUUCUUCAAAAGGAAAGGAACUUAAUGCGUCAUUGUUUUGUUCAUUUCAGGAAUCUAAAAUGCAGAAGAGCAAUGACCUUAAGUAUGACAUUUUUGGAUGGAUUAUUCUUGCAGUAGGUAUAGUAGCAUGGGUGGGAAUGGCCAAAUCUCAGAUUCCACCACCACCUCCAAGAUAAACAUUUUAUCUCUUUAAUGUGUCGUUACCAAAACUAUUGUUGAAAGAUUAUUCACUUUAGAUUAGAAGUAGUGAAUUAGGUGUUGCAUUUAUGUUGUAGGCAUGGUGACUUCAUUUAUCAUUUCGCCUUUCUUUUACAGUGGAAAGUUUGAUUUUUAAGAAUUAGCUUUUUAAAAUAUGUUGUGGGUACCAAUACUUGUUUGUAAUUUUGUAUGACUCGUUAGCCUCCGAAUUCUCAACUUCACUACUUUU